AUGUUGAUCUACUGCAUUGGACAUGUACUGAUUGAUGACGCCAGCGUCCCAUCACUGAAUAGGCGCAAGAGCGCCCUAGUUACAAAGAAAGCUAGAAAUAAAAGCGUAAAAAUAGAAAUAAAAGGGGGUCCUGGAGGGCUCCCUAGGCCUUCACAGCAGGCCCCGACCAGACUUGUCUGGGUCAAGGCCGCCCGGCCAACUACCGCCUCAGGCGCCUUCAGCCCAGGCCCGGAGUGGGCCGCGGAGCAGGAGUGCUGCCCGCACAGGGGGGACCGGGUCCUGCCCCGGAGGCCGCGCUUCCUUCACAGCGGUGACUGCAGGCGUACACGGGUGUGGGGUGCGGGAGGAUAUUGGAUCCCACUCGGGGGCGGCCGGGGGGGGGACGGGAGGAUUCGGGGCGCCCGCGUGGGCUGGGCUGGGCCGGGCCUGUCGUCCGGCCCGACGGCGCCACGCUCGCGCCUUCCUCCCCGCAGGCAUCCGAGGCGCAGCCAGGACCGCAUUCUUCCUCCUCUCCUCCUCCAGCUCCGGCGCCCCGCAGCGCCCGCAGCCCGGGCGGCCGUGACUCAGCGCUUCUCUCCGCGGCCGGGCCGGGGCCAGGCGGCUUCUCCGCGGCUCCUCCCGCCGCGUCCUCCCCCUCGCGCCACUCGCGCCCGGCCCCCGGCCGAGGAGCCUUUAGCCGCGCGCGAAGCCCCGCGAGCAGCGAGCGCAGUCCGGCCCCGACGCUCCGCUCCCCGCUCCCAACGCCGGCCCCGCGCCCUCCGACCCGGCCGCCGCCAUGGAGCCCGCAGCCCCCCGCCGCCGCCAACACCCACCAGCCGCGGCUACGCCGUCACCAGGAACCCGCACCUCAAUAAGGACUUGGCUUUUACCCUGGAAGAGAGACAGCAAUUGAACAUUCAUGGAUUGUUGCCUCCAUGCUUCAUUGAUCAGGAUAUACAGGUCCUUAGAAUAAUGAAAAAUUUUGAGCGCCUGACCACUGAUUUUGACAGAUAUCUUCUCCUAAUGGAUCUUCAAGAUAGAAAUGAAAAGCUCUUUUAUAGAGUGCUAAUGUCUGACAUUGAGAAAUUCAUGCCCAUUGUUUAUACUCCCACUGUGGGUCUGGCUUGCCAACAAUACAGUUUAGCAUUUCGGAAGCCAAGAGGCCUCUUUAUUAGUAUCCAUGAUCGAGGGCAUAUUGCAUCAAUUCUUAAUGCAUGGCCAGAAGAUAACAUCAAGGCCAUUGUGGUGACUGAUGGAGAACGUAUUCUUGGCUUGGGAGACCUUGGCUGCAAUGGAAUGGGCAUCCCUGUGGGCAAACUGGCUCUGUAUACAGCCUGUGGAGGGAUGAAUCCUCAAGAAUGUCUGCCUGUCACUCUAGAUGUGGGAACAGAAAAUGAGGAGUUACUAAAGGAUCCAUUAUACAUUGGACUUCGACAAAGAAGAGUAAGAGGUCCUGAAUAUGAUAAAUUUUUGGAUGAAUUCAUGGAGGCGGUUUCUUCCAAGUAUGGCAUGAACUGCCUUAUUCAGUUUGAAGAUUUUGCCAAUAUCAACGCAUUUCGUCUGCUGAACAAAUAUCAAAACAAGUAUUGCACAUUCAAUGAUGAUAUUCAAGGAACAGCAUCCGUGGCAGUAGCAGGAAUUCUUGCAGCUCUUCGAAUAACUAAGAACAAACUGUCUGAUCAAACUAUCUUAUUCCAAGGAGCUGGAGAGGCUGCCCUAGGGAUUGCACACCUGCUUGUUAUGGCUAUGCAAAAGGAAGGUUUACCAAAGGAAAAAGCCUUAAAAAAUAUAUGGCUAGUUGACUCAAAAGGAUUAAUAGUGAAGGGACGUUCUUCUUUAACACAUGAGAAAGAGGAAUUUGCACAUGAACACAAGGAAAUGAAGAAGCUAGAAGAUGUUGUUAAAGAGUUAAAACCAACUGCCCUUAUAGGAGUUGCUGCAAUUGGUGGUGCAUUUUCAGAACAAAUUCUCAAAGAUAUGGCUGCCUUCAAUGAACGGCCUAUUAUUUUUGCUUUAAGUAAUCCAACUAGCAAAGCAGAAUGUACUGCAGAGCAGUGCUAUACACUAACCAAGGGACGUGCAAUUUUCGCCAGUGGCAGUCCUUUUGAUCCAGUCACUCUCCCAAAUGGACAGACCCUGUAUCCUGGCCAAGGCAACAAUUCCUAUGUCUUUCCUGGAGUUGCACUUGGUGUUGUGGCAUGUGGACUAAGACAUAUAACUGACAAGAUUUUUCUCACUACUGCAGAGACUAUAGCUCAACAAGUAUCAGAUAAACACCUGCAAGAGGGCCGGCUUUAUCCUCCUUUGAACACCAUUAGAGAUGUUUCUCUGAAGAUUGCAGUAAAGAUUGUGAAAGAUGCAUAUCAAGAAAAGACAGCCACAGUCUAUCCUGAGCCACAAAACAAAGAAGAGUAUGUCUACUCUCAGAUGUAUAGCACUGAUUAUGACCAGAUUUUACCGGACUGUUAUUCUUGGCCUGCUGCAUCUCAGAAAAUACAGACCAAACUUUAUCAAUAGUAUAAUAGCAAAGAAUUUUCACUUCAUUAAUGAGAUCCUGAAGCCUUUGAUAAUUAAAAAAUAUAGAGAAUCUUUUAUAAUGAUUUAUAAUAUGCUAGGAUAAGGAAAUUUUACUUUAACAACUUAGAUAUUUAUGAAAAAUAUUAUUAUGCUUUCAGGUGAACAUCAUACUAAAAUUUUUUGCUUUACUUUCUAUUUAUGGUCUUCAUUAUUAAUUAUUUUAUCCCAGUAAUCUAUAAAAGCUAUUGUACUUACUACUCUAAAGCUCAUUGUUUUUAUGUAGGGAACUAAUGGAAAGACUAAAAUUGUAAUAAAAUGGUAUGAUCAACAUUAAAAACCCAUAA